GGAGGGGUAGAUUGCGCUAGCGAGGCUGUUAUUAAAAUGUCGUCAGCUACUGGCCCUCGGCCGCUGUGUCAGAUAAAAUAAUUCAUUCUGCCAUUCUAGCUCUUCGGAUUUUUGCCACGAAAAGCUUGCGAAAAUGAAAGCAUACUGGUUUGACAAUCUUUCCGGCGACCAGCGAGAAGACCAUGACUCCGGCCGUUCCGUGACUGUUGCAGAUCUUGAAAAGCUUGGAGUGCUUUACUACAACCUCUCCGACGUGUCCGCUGUCAAUCAGCUCGCCAGUGAGCGCAAUUAUAAGAACAGAGAUGAGGUUACCGUGUCACCGAAGACUAUGGGUGACGUCUACGAGAGCAAGGUCAAAUCAUUUUUCAGCGAGCACUUGCAUGAGGACGAGGAAAUUAGAUACAUCCUUGAUGGUGAAGGAUUCUUCGAUGUCCGAAGCAAAGACGAUGACUGGAUACGCAUCCGUCUGCAGAAGGAUGAUUUGAUCAUCUUGCCCCCAGGGAUCUACCACCGGUUCACCACCGAUUCUAAGAAUUACAUCAAAGCUAUGCGGUUAUUUAAGGAAGAACCCAAGUGGACUCCUUUGAAUCGUGGCCCUGAACUGGAUGAAAACGAGUUCCGAAAGGAAUACGUUCAACAAUAUGGACUUGCUGCUUAAUGGGUUCUUCUGGUUGACACGAGUUGCAAGCGCCCGUCAGGGUCCUUGGGAAUACUACAUACAAAAAGGAUGAAGAUAUGAUUUUUUGCCGUUUUACAUAGCGUAAGCUCAGAAGCGCCUUGAUGUUUUCCACCUAUAAAGUAAGGAAAACACAGCAAUUUGAUAUCCGCAGUGGUUACAAAAUUUAUCCAUUUCAGAUC